GUUUUCACCUUCCUUUUCCUCUGAUUAUAGACAAAGCCCGCAUUCGAAGACAUACAAUACAACCUUCUUCACUGCAACGCCUCUGUAUUCUCUUUACAUGUGAGUCUUUUCCUUUCCAAGUGCUUUUUUCCCUGUGCUUUUCUUCUUUGCUUGGAUGCCCAUCUUCCAAUCAUGUGAUCUUUAGAUAAGAGAUAUGAUGCAAUGUUCAGAAUUGCUUGGUUUUACUGCUGUUCAAUUGUAAUGCCAGCAUAAUGAUGAAAUCUAUGUUUGAGUGUGGAAACCAAGAUGCUAAUGUUGAUGAUGGAGACCUUAAUUGGAAUAAUGGUCAUCUCCUACUGCAAGACAUUCAAGAAAUAAGCAAAGCCCUCUAUGCUCCUUCUAGGCCUUCCUUUUCCUCUGUUCAUAAUCGAUCCAAAUCUGCAGGAAAAACCCGGUUGUCGAAAUCUCAAGUUGCCUUAACCCCGGGAUUUCUGAAGGAUGAUCUGUUGUCUAAGGACAAGAAGUUGUCUUCUGCGUGGAAUUGGAAGAAGCCCUUGAAAGCUUUGACCCAUAUUGGUGAUCAAAAGAUCAAAUGUUGCUUUAACCUUCAUGUUCACUCAAUCGAGGGUCUGCCUUUGAGUUUUGAUAGCAUUAGGCUGUGUGUGGUUUGGAAAAGAAAAAGCAACAUUUUGCAGACUCGCCCCUCAAGGGUUAUCCAGGGUGUUGUGGAGUUCAAUGAAACUUUGAGUCAUGGAUGUUCUGUUUAUGUUAGCCGCGCUGUCUCUGGUCAUUCUCUCAAGUAUGAGUCUAAGCGGUUCUUGAUUUAUGCCUUCAUUGUGGGGGCACCAGAACAUGACAUAGGGAGCCAUCAGGUGGAUCUCACUAGACUCUUACCUCUGACUUUGGCAGAGUUAGGGGGUGAUAGAAGUUCAGGGAAAUGGAGCACAAGUUUUAGGUUGGCAGGAAAAGCUGUGGGAGCUAGCCUAAAUGUUAGUUUCAGCUAUCAAAUAGUGAAGGAUGAGUUAACGCAAUUUGGUGGCGAUAAUUUGAAUGUUCUCAACCUUAUUAAUAUGAAGCCAGGCAGGCCAAGCAGCACAAGUAUGAAUUUUGGUCCAGGCCCUUUUCAUUCUGAUGAUGCGAUUUUAUCCCGGGAAGCAUUGAUGAAUUCUGGCUCAAGUCUUUCCAAAUCAAUCAGUUUCCUUUAUCAAAAACUUGAUGAGGAGAACAUCCAUGAUUCAGGACAGGCAGACUCGGAACAUUUUGAACCACUUAAAUCUCAUGUCAUAGAAUCAAAGUCACCUCAAGAAUCAAAUUUUGAAGCUGAUGACACUGAAAUUUCCAUUAUAGAACAAGUAGAAACAUUGGAAGGGGAUCCCUUGAAAAAUGAUCAGGCAGGAAAUCAAACAGUUGAUUUGUCAACAGUUGAAAUCAUUAAUGUAGAUGAUAUUAUUAAGGAUGAUGACAUAUCUGUUGACAAGAACACAAGUUUUGAUUCAAUGGAUGACAUAUACACUAGUUGUGUAAAUGGAACUGUGGCAGGUGACAGCAAACAUAAAUGCAGUAGUUCGUGUCUCAGUUUAACUUGCAUCAAGGAUGUAGAUAUACUUCCUGAGACAUCAGAGUUUCUUGACCAAGAGCACUACCCUAUUGUUAAAUCAAAUUAUAAAUCACAUAGAAUGGCAAAAAAAUCAAGUAGCUUGGAUUCUAUCACCGAAUCUAUUGCAAAUGAUUUCUUGAACAUGCUGGCCAUAGAGAGUGGUUCAUUUGGCUCAAGUCGUGACGGGGAUCCACAUUCUCCCAGAGAGAAGCUUUUAAGACAGUUUGAAAAGGAGGCUCUAGCUUCAGGUAACUUCACUUUUGAUUUCAAUGCAAAUGAAGAGGAAUUGAAGACGGAGACGCUUGGACAUAGCUAUGACGAUUGUACUGUGGAUUCUGAUUUGUCAUUAUUUAUUCAAGCUGCUGAAGAGGAGCAUGCCAGGGAGAAUCAGUUGUUAAUGCAGAGAAGAAAGGCCAAAAUUUUGGAAGACCUGGAGACAGAUUCAUUGAUGCAACUCUGGGGUUUAAAUGAGAGGGACUUUGAAAAUUCUCCGGGAACUUGCUCUGGUGGGUUUGGAAGUCCAAUUGAACUACCCAAUGAAGAAUCAUGCAUGUUACCUUCAAUUGGACAGGGACUUGGUUCAUUUGUUCAAAUUAUGGGUGGAGGCUUCUUAAGGUCCAUGAGUCCUUCCCUUUUCAAAAAUGCUAAGAAUUGUGGUAACCUCAUCACUCAGGCUUCUAAUCCUGUUGUUCUACCUGCAGAAAUGGGUAAUGAUAUACUGGAUAUACUGCAGCAUGUGGCAUCUGAUGGAGUUGAAGAGCUGUGUCAUCAUAUCUAUAAAUUGUUGCCUUUGCAAGAUAUCACUGGAAAAUCCAUUGAGCAUAUUUCUUGGGAAGCCAUAACCAACAAAGGGACUCCUGAAAGGCAGGGGACAUGGCAGCACGAUUCCUUUGAUGAAUUUCAUUGUAACUAUUUGACAGAUGAAGGCAUGAGCUUGGACACUGUAUCUCUAGAAGCAAUAGCUCCUAUGACUGUUGAUAAGAUUGAAACCCUUUUGAUAGAAGGGUUGAGAGUGCAGUCUGGCAUGUUGUACGAGGAGGCACCAUCUUAUAUGCUUCCCCAACAUGCCAAGACGCCUUUCAUCGGUAGCAGAAGAGCCAACUGGAAAUGGUUUCCCACAUCAGAAAGAGGUGAUAAAAUGAAACUAGAAGAUGGUGGAGAAAUUGGUCAUGAUGAUCAUGGAUUGAUGGGGCUGUCAGUAACAUUAGAUCAGUGGUUGAGAUUGGAUUCUGGCAUUAUUGAAGGAGAUCAAAAUUCAGAACAAAUUUUGAAGAUCUUACAAGUACACCAUUCUAAAAUCACAGAGUUACUGCAUGAUGGAGGGUUGAAAAAUGCCAUGGACCAGGUAAAAGCAUUUGGCAGAAAGCAUGGACUCUUGGGGAACCACCUAACGGUGGCUUAUAUGAUCCAGCUUAGGAAUCCGCUGCGAAAUUAUGAACCAGUUGGUGCUCCAAUGCUGGUUUUGACUCAGGUGGAAAGGGUUAACAUACAUGUAAUGCAGCAAGAUGACAGCAAUUUUCUGGAAAAAAAGGAAAAGGGAAUGGAGAAUGAGACCUUACUAAAUGAAACAAGUGGCAAGUUUUUUGAAGAUUCAAAUACCGAAAAUGAAUCACCUCGAUUUGGAUUCAAAAUCAGAGAGAUUCAUCUUUCAGGUGUCCUUACCAAAUCCGGAAGCAAGCAACAUUGGGGUACUGUAACUCAGCAACAGUCUGGGAUCCGGUGGUUGCUUGCCAGUGGCAUGGCUAGUACUGUCAAAUAUUCAACUUCAACAUCAAAGGCAAUUGUUUUGUCAUCUCCACUGUGUACCAAGAAGUUGCUGAAUGAGGACACGCUCUGGAGCAUUUCUUGUGUUAAUAAUAGUAAAGAGCUGCUUGCUGAAAAUGUACACAUUCGGAACCCUGAUAUCAUCUUCCCAAGUUGAACUGUCAGAUCAUUUUUUACGUGCAAUUUUAGUCAAUUUUUUAAAUUUCUCAAUCUAUAUAGUUAUUAUAGUACACUGUCAAGGAAGUUAUACCAGUCAGCAUGCACAAAUUUUUAA